AGAGCACUGUCUGGUGUAGUAUACUAAUAAUCAAAUAAAAAACAACCCUUUAAUUGCCUCCUCCUACUAUAAUACUACUACCCAAACCCCCAUUACCAUUGAUUUAAUAGAGAGAAACAAGUUAAGAUGGAGGAGAGUGGAAACGAAGAGUUGGAGAUGGGAGGGUCUAAUGGUGUUGCAGCCAGUUCACGGUGGAACCCUACAAAAGAGCAAAUAACCAUGCUAGAGAACCUGUAUAAGCAGGGAAUAAAGACUCCCAGUGCUGAGGAGAUACAGCAGAUAACUGCUAGGCUUAGGGCGUAUGGUCACAUCGAAGGAAAGAAUGUCUUCUACUGGUUUCAGAAUCACAAAGCUAGGCAGCGACAGAAGCAGAAGCAAGACACCAUCGCUUACUUCAAUCGCUUUCUUCAUACUCCUCAGCCCUUUUUUUCUCCGCCAAUUUGCCCAAACGGCCUGUGUCCUCCGUAUUGCAUACCUCAGGUGCAGAGUGAAAAUGGGUUUUAUCCCCCACAUCCAAAGGUGCUUGUACCAGUAGGUUUUAGGAGAAGACCAUCUGAGAUAUUUGUGCCCACAGACAUGUCAAACGUUAUCAGCAACGGUCCGCUGUUAUACGAAGGAAUGCAACAGAGAAUCUCGGAUUGCAACUUGAGCUACAGUAACCAAGAAACGUUGGAUCUUUUUCCUCUGCACCCAACUGGUAUUUUGGAAGGGAAAACAACAUACCAGGUGUCUUCUCUGGCUUCAGUUUCUGCUGAUAGUUCCACUGAUAUCAAUGAAAAUGAUCCUUCCCCUCUUAACAAACCCUUCUUUGAUUUUUUUACUACUUCUGGACAAGGUUCUUAGAGACUUGUUCUAUGUCAUUAGCUUAAACUUCUAACAUGCAACUUUGAAUUCCCAUGGCUCAUCACUGAAAUGUGUUUAUUAUGUGCCUUUCAGUUCAUUGUAAUGAGA